AUGGUGAUUCGCUUCCCUCUUUUGAGGGUUUUCCCGACCCAGGGGAGGAUACGAGGCCUCCAAGAUUUACUCCGCUCCUUCUUCAGUUGCCCAUCCCCCCCAGCGGAGCACUGGUUGAGACUUCUGGGGCACAUGUCUUCCCUCAUACAUCUAGUGCCGGGAUCCAGGAGGCGGACGCGUCUCAAGCUGAUCCAACUGAACCAGCAAUGGAACAGGUGGUCGAUGCUAGACGACCAUCCGGUCAGCUGGGACAGUGCUUCACGUCAGGACCUGGAAUUGUGGCUGAAGGACGAGAACUUGGGGCAGGGUCAGCCUCUUCAGGUUGCCAUUCCAGACCACCUUCUCUACACGGAUGCCUCUACAGUCGGCUGGGGUGCGACGCUCCUCCAGGCUUCUGUGAGUGGCCUGUGGAACAUCCAUGAACAGAUGCUCCACGUGAACGUUUUAGAACUCCGUGUGAUCCGCCUCGGCCUCCAGCACUUCACGGAGGUGGUGAUGGGCUCAGUUGUCGCUGUCUUCUCGGACAACACCAUGGCCCUCGCUUACCUGCACAGAGAGGGGGAUACUCACUCUAUCCUUCUCAACCUCGAGGCACGCCAGGUCCUCAACUGGGCAGAAGCGCAUGCAGUGUUGAUCUUGCCCCAGUUUGUGAGGGGCUCAGUCAAUGUGGUGGCCGACUGCCUCAGCCGCCGACACCAAUCCCUGUCCACAGAGUGGACCUUACAUAUGGAUGUUUGUCACCUGCUAUGGCGGGUCUGGGGCUACCCAACAGUCGACCUGUUCGCCACUGUCUCAGUGCGGAUUCCGAACUUUGUGUCCCCCUUUCAGGAUCCAGCGGCCAUCGCCACAGACGCUUUCCUCUACAAUUGGGACAACCAGGAUCUGUACGCCUUUCCACCCUUCCCCCUCAUCAGGAGAGUUCUCAAUAAGCUCCAGGCUUCCCGGAACACCCGUCUCAUCCUCAUAGCCCCUUACUGGCCUCAGAAGGAAUGGUUUCCAGAUCUGUUGGCGGCGUCGGUGGAGCCUCCCCGCCGCCUCCCUCUUCGCAAAGAUCUAUUGAGACAGCCACACAUCCACAAGUUUCACACCGGUCUCCCCGGGCUUCAGCUGACAGGGUGGAGACUAUCCAGCACUUUCUGA